AUGUCUAAAAUGUCAGUCCUUCUCACGCUCCUUCUACCCACUGUGCUAGCCGCACCAUGGAAAGUCCUCGAUGACAACUUCCCCGAUCCGUCAGUGAUCCAAACCAAGGACGGAUUCUACGCGUUCGGAACGACCGGCAACGGCGUGCACGCGCAGAUCGCCCAUUCGAAAGAUUUCACCUCGUGGGAGAAGCUGUCUCACGAUGCUCUACCGGGUCCGUUUCCGUCCUGGGUGAAGAGUGAAUCUCCUUCGAUCUGGGCUCCGGAUGUAAUCCAGCGGAACGACGGAACUUUUGUCAUGUACUUCUCUGCGAUCGCCAAAGACGAAAGGAAACACUGCAUCGGAGCAGCAACUUCAUCCUCAGUCCGAGGACCGUAUAAACCCGCACCGAACGCACUAGCCUGUCCAAUAGACCAAGGCGGCGCUAUCGAUGCCGCGGGAUUCAAAGACUCUGACGGGAGUUUCUACGUCGUGUACAAAAUCGACGGAAACAGUCUGAACACUCACGGGGGAAAGAAGCAUCCGACGCCGAUCAUGUUGCAGAAACUGCACUCGGACGCGUUGACACCAUCCGGCAAGCCGGUGCAGCUCCUCGAUCGGGACGAUCGUGAUGGACCGUUGGUUGAGGCGCCGAGCCUUGUUAAACAUGGCGAUACGUAUCUGCUCUCGUUCUCGUCGAAUAUGUACAAUACAAAGUGGUAUGAUGUGAGCUAUGCGACAGCGAAGAAGGUGACGGGUCCGUAUACGAAGUCGACGGCGCCGUUGCUCGAGUCGGGACAUCAGAGUGACGUGGGCAAGUUGGUGGCUCCCGGGGGAGCGGACUUCCUGCCAGAUGGAAAGAGGAUUCUCUUCCAUGCGUUUAAUAAUGGGGAGAAUAUGAAGAAAGGGAGGGGAGUAUGGGCUGCUGAUAUAUCUAUUGAUGGGGGACAAAUUCAUAUCUAG